AUGGCUACCUGGACCGAGCAAUAUCUGGCGGCAUUGCGCGCCAGAGACCAGGUAGAGAAAGCAAAUCUAGACCUUUACAACUACUGCACAAAGCUUGCAGACGAAAAGGCUGAUUUACAGAAGAAGGCUGCUUUACAUGUUUCGGUGGAAGAUGCAGAGCCGCCGACAUCGCCUCAGCCAUCGAUCAUGGGAAUGGGCAUGAGGAGGGUUGCAUCCCCGGCUAUUCGUCCAGACUCGCCAACCCUGGUACAAAUCCGGCAGGAUUUGGCCAAAGCCCAGCAAGAGCGUGCUGACCUUCAAUCCCGUCUUGACGCAACUUCCCGUGAAUUGGCUGCAUUGAAGGCAAAGGCAAGAUCGGAUAGCAAGAGCAUCGCUCAAUUGAACUCCAAACUAUCACAGCUGACGCUCAAGCUACAAGACCGUGACGAGGAGCUGAGAGGCAAAGCCAAGUUGAUCGAGAACGUCCAAGACGAGAACGUGACUCUGAAUCUACAAUUGAACCUGGCUGAGGAACACUCCGAAAAGUUGAAGAAGGAGAACAGAGAACUCGUCGACCGAUGGAUGGCAAGGAUGGGGAAGGAGGCUGACCAGAUGAAUGAGGAUAACAAGUUUGGUUGA